CAGCCGACCUAAAUUUGGUGGAUGGAAACCGGAAGUGCCUAAGCAGCGCGCGACUAUUUGGAUGUGGAAACCAAGAUCUGAAAUAGGAGCUCGGCUCGAAGGAGAUGGAUCGGUACCUGCUCCUUGUGAUCUGGGGGGAAGCAAAAGUCCCGUCAGCAGCGGGUGGGGAAGUGGAUCAUGGGCCUGGGAAGUCGUCCGUUGAGGGUACCGAAAAACAGCCGGAUUUAACAGCAGCAAAUGUUUAUCACCUCCUGAAAAGAAGCAUUAGUGCUUCAAUGAAUCCAGAAGAUAGUACUUUUCCUGCAUGUUCGGUAGGCGGCAUACCUGCUCCCAAGAAGUGGUUCUUUGCAGUGCAGGCAAUAUGUGGAUUUUAUCAGUUUUGCAGUUCUCACUGGGAAGAGAUACAUUUUGGUACAGAAAAAGAUGAAAUUGAAGAUGUUCUUCAAACAAAUAUUGAAGAAUGUUUGAGCGCUGAGUGUUUUGAGGAAGAAGAUAGUAAUAGCAGAGAAUCAUUAUCCUUGGCUGACCUGUAUGAAGAAUCUGCAGAAAAUUUGCAUCAAUUGUCUGACAAACUUCCUGCUCCUGGUAGAGCAAUGAUAGAUGUAAUACUGUUGCCUUCUGACAAAGAUCCUCCCAAGUUGAAAGACUGUUUACCUACUAUAGGAGCAUUAAAACAUUUAAAGGAAUGGUAUUCAGCAAAAAUUACUAUAGCAGGAAAUAAUUGUGUAAUAAAUUAUCAGAAAAUUGCAGAAUACCUUUCUGCUAAUGUCAUAUCUUUAGAAGAUCUCAAAAAUGCUAUUGACUCAAAGGAAUUAUGGAGGGGAAAGAUUCAGAUAUGGGAAAGAAAGUUUGGAUCUGAAAUUAUUUUUCCUGAAUUUUGUUUAAAGGGAGUCACUCCUAAGAAUUUUAGUACAUCUACUUUAAAUCCUUGCAUUCUUGCCAAAAAGACAUUACCAUCAAAGGAUAAGAAUAUUUUACCAAAGGUUUUCCAUUAUUAUGGCUCUGCUUUAGAAUUUGUGCAGAUAAUAAAAUUAUCAGAUCUGCCCUCCUGCUAUAUGUCGGACAUUGAAUUUGAAUUAGGGUUGACACAAAACAAUACCAAACAAAAUUCCAUGUUGCUAUGGGAGCAGAUUUCUUCUCUGCGUGGCAAGGUUGGUGCUCUUUUUGUAUUGCCAUGUACUAUUAGUAACAUACUUAUUCCACCUCCCAGCCAACUCAGUUCAAGAAAAUGGAGAGAAUAUAUAGCUAAAAAGCCUAAGACAAUCAGUGUUCCAGAUGUUGAAGUGAAAGGUGAGUGCUCCAGCUAUUACCUCCUGUUACAAGGUGCUGGCAAGAGAAAAUGUAAAGCCACCUUGAUUCACUCAGCCAACCAGAUCAAUGGCUCAUUUGCACUCCGUUUCAUUCAUGGAAAGAUGAAAGCAAAGACAGAAGAAGCCAAACUGAGCUUUCCUUUUGACUUCUUGUCACUUCCACAUUUUUCUGGAGAGCAACUUAUACAGAGAGAGAAACAGUUAACUAAUGUCCAGGCUUUGGCUUUGAAAGAAUGUCUGAAAAGGAGAAAGUUGGCAAAGCAGCCUGAAGUAGUUUCUGUUGAUGAACUCAAAAAUCUGUUAGUACUCACAAGGGAACACUUUGUAGAUCAUUUUGAUGCUUUUCUUCCUAAAACAAUUUCAAUAAAGACAGACAAAAUUAAAACCUCCGAUAUGUCAAAUGACAUCAGUUCAGUGGAACCUGGUUCUUCAAGUCUAAUGGAAACCAAUCCCCUGGAAUGGCCAGAAAGGCAUGUUCUUCAAAAUUUGGAAAGUUUUGAAAAAGCUAAACAAAAAAUGAGAACUGGUUCAUUACCUCGUUCAUCUGAACAGUUGCUGGGCCACAAAGAGGGUCCACGGGAUUCAGUCACCUUAUUGGAUGCUAAGGAAUUGCUGAAAUUCUUUACUUCAGAUGGAUUACCAGUUGGAGAUCUUCAACCUUUACAGAUUCAAAAAGGGGAAAAGACUUUUGUUCUGACACCGGAACUUAGUCCUCGGAAACUUCAGGGUUUACCUUUUGAAAAAGCCUCAGUAUGUCAUUAUCAUGGAAUUGAAUAUUGCUUGGAUGACCGAAAAGCACUAGAAAGAGACGGGGGAUUUUCUGAACUUCAGUCUCGUCUUAUUCGUUAUGAAACCCAGACCACCUGCACCAGAGAGGGUUUUCCGGUGCCCACGGUGUUGAGCCCUCUUCCAUCACCUGCAGUCUUGUCAGAGCCUGGAAGCGUCCCUGACGGAGAAGCUCCACAGAGUGAGCUCCGAACUGAAGUGUCUCGAUUGAAAAGGAGAUCAAAAGAUCUAAAUUGCCUUUAUCCCCCCAAAAGACUUGUGAAGUCUGAAAGUUCAGAUUCUGUUCUUUCUCAGACAAGUGGCAGCACUAAUCCUCAUCAUCAUGCAGUGACGUCCAGAAAACCACGAGCAGAGCGAUCAUUAUCUGUGACCUGUCCAUCUGUUCCAGUUCUUAGCAAUGAAACUUCAAAAGUCACUACAAAAGCCAGUUCUGGUCAAAAAAGUGUGCAUGGAUCAAAAACAUCAAGGCAAAUUAAGGAAUCAAGAUCACAGAAACACACACGGAUACUGAAAGAGGUAGUUACGGAAACCCUGAAGAAACACAGCAUUACUGAAGCUCAUGGAUGUUUCACUGCAUGCAGCCAACGUCUCUUUGAGAUCUCCAAGUUCUAUCUGAAGGAUCUUAAAACUUCAAGGGGUUUAUUUGAAGAAAUGAAGAAAACAGCAAACAACAAUGCUGUACAGGUGAUUGAAUGGGUAUUAGAAAAGACAAGCAAGAAAUAACACAGAAUCUUUCUCUUUGGACAGUUAUAAAUUGGCCAGAGCUGUUAUUUCCUAUUUGUUUCUUUAGUUUGAAAAUUAUAAGCAAAUUUCAAACUUUAUUCAUAGAAUAGAUGUUUUGUCUCUAAAUAAUUUUAUAAAUAUCCAAUAUUUAUAUAGUUUUGAGGAUGCUCAAUUAAUGUGCUUUUUUAAUUGUAUACUUAUUUUACAGUUUCACUAUAUUUUAAUUUUUAAGGUUAAUAUUUUAAAAUAUGUUUUAAAAUCUUUACUCUUGGUUAUUUAUUUCAAUAAAUAGAAAAAGUUACUUCUUUUCUUCUUGGUAAAUGUCUUUGUUGUUAGGCCAGAUAAAAUGACUGAAUCUCAAGUAAGACAUUGCCAGUGGCUUUUCUCAUGUGACACAACAGCAUACUUUAUUGGGAAGUUCCUGGUUUAGAAAAUAUUGGUAAAAACAUUUACGCAGGUAGCUGUCUUCCCUUAGCCCUGCCUCGGGGCCAGUGCUGUUGGAGCUAUUCAUGUUUAUUUGGGAUUAGAAAUGAAGAAAGGGCAGAAAUUGUGAAAAUAAGAUAUAGUGAAAAUGACUAAGUAGAGACUCCCAGAAAACAAGAUCUUUUCUCAUGGUAGAAAAUCUGGAAAAUGCAGAAAAUACAAAACAGAGUAAAAAAAAUUCCAACAUUGCCCCACUAUCUCUAGGUAACCACUGGUAAUAUUUUUAAAAUAUAUAUGUAAUUAUUUUUAAAAUAUUUUAAAAGUUGGAGCCAUAUAUGUGUGUAUAUGUGUGUAUGUGUGUUCAUAUUUGUCUGUGUAUUAAUUUAAUAGCCUGUUUUCCACUUAACAACAUAUCAUGAAUUAUAUAUAUAUAUAUAUAUAUAUAUAUAUAUAUAUAUAAUUUUAAUAACUGUGUAAUAUCAAGGAACCACAAUUUGUUUAACCAGUCCCCAUUGUUAGACAUAAUAGGCUCAAUUUUUCCCUAUUAUAAAUAAAACUGUAAUG